AUGACGCGUUUCCGCCCCUGCAUAGACUUGCACAAUGGGGACGUGAAGCAGAUUGUCGGCGGUACGUUGGGCACAUCGGAAGCCGAGCUCAAGACGAACUUCACAUCUACCGAGCCGUCCGCCCACUAUGCCGAGCUCUACCAUCGGUAUCGCCUGAGUGGUGCGCAUAUCAUCAUGCUAGGACCGGGCAAUGACAAGGCUGCGAAAGACGCAUUGGCUGCGUGGAGAGCCGCUGGAGCAGCAGAAGCCCAGGACAAGUGGAGCGGCGAGAUACAGGUUGGCGGUGGUAUCAAGGAGAGCAAUGCUCGCGAGUGGAUUGAAAACGGUGCAGACAAAGUAAUUAUCACAUCUGCUCUAUUUCCCGACAACAUCUUCUCCAUGGAGCGCCUAAAGGCUAUACUCGAAGCCCUUGACAAUGACAAGAACAAGCUUGUCAUUGAUCUCUCCUGCCGUCGGAAGGACGACAAGUGGUUUGUAGCCACGAACAAGUGGCAGGUCAUCACCGAAUUCGAACUCACCCAAGAGUCAAUAUCUCUCCUCGAGCCUUACUGCUCCGAGUUCCUCAUCCACGCCGCCGAUGUGGAAGGUCUGCAGCGCGGCAUUGACCACGAGCUUGUCAGCAAGCUUGCGAAGUGGUGCAGCAUUCCUGUCACGUAUGCAGGAGGGGGCCGGUCCCUCGAGGAUCUGGAGUUGGUAAAGAAGCUAAGUAACGGCAAGGUGGAUCUUACAAUUGGGAGCGCGCUAGACAUCUUUGGGGGUUCAGGUGUCAAGUUUGAGGACUGUGUAAAGUGGAAUGAGGAGCAGGAGAAGGAGGGCGCGUAG